AUGUCUGAAAAUACCACUCAAUCGCCUCAUACGUUGAAACGGAUUGUGGAUUCGUCGUCAUCGUCCCCAAGUCUAGGCGAUUCAAAGCAUCUGCCAGAAACAAUGUUCCAUCAACCAAACUAUCAAACACCCCUUAGUCGCAGAGUCCACACUUGGGUCCCGGAUGCAGACGUAUCACAACUAACAACAAGUGCCCGAUCGUCGGUGAAGUCAUCACCUUUGAAUAGUCCACUGUUUUCUAAACUACAUGAAACAUAUGAUCGUUCUGUCAGUCCCUGUGAGAUCCCUACGACCGAACUCAUACGCCUUCGAGAACUGUCCCGGUCUCCACUCCUGAGAGAAAUCACCAAUGAGUAUGUCGAGGAUCAGAAUACUAAUAAUACUACCACUAAUAUUACACUUGCUGAUGAAUCACUGGAAUUACGUGCUUCAGCGGGUGCUGGUGCUGAUGAUGAUUCGGAUGAUGUUGAAGAGAUUCAUAGACCUAUAAAUUCUCCCUUAAGACCAGAUUCAAAAUCUCCAAUAUCGAAAGUCUCUUCGCGCAAGAAGUUAAUGGUCACUUUGGGUCUCACUGCAUUAAUGGAAGAGCAAAUAGAUUUACGACUUGCUUCUGGUGAUAAUCCAACUGUGGUUAUGGAACUUGAUCUCGAUGGUAAUGUACGUUAUUUAUCCCAGAAUUGGGAAGUCAUAGUUGGAACUUCAAUAAAGAAAAUCAUAGGCAAGCCGAUUUCGAAUAUCGUUAUAGGAAAUGGUCCUGAUGACUUAAACGUAUUUGUUGUUGCCAUGAAUCAAAUGGUAAAGGAUGACAUUAGUUAUAAAGUCAAGUUUGUAACGGCUACAAACACAAUUGAUGUCGACAAGUCUCUUCCAACAGAUCAAGACGCAACUAGCGAGAGUACUGAUGAUGAGGAUGUAGAUAUCGAAGAAGCGUCACCAACAAAUGAAUUUGAUCCUGUUAAUGACGAGGAAGCUGAAGCGGAAGUCGAUUCUUUAUCUGAAACAUCCUCAAAAGUAUCCAAUAAUGGAGAAAUAAUUGAAUUAGAGGCACAGGGUAUCCUUAUACAUGAUUCGAAAACAAAACUUCCCACACAUGCUAUGUGGACAAUCAAACCUUUCACUCAUAUUGAUGUACAGUUGAGUAUUCCCCCAAAUCUUAUUGAUUUGCUUGGGUUUGGGGCAGAAAUAUUUGAAGGCUAUUUACAAUCAGUUCAAGAUUUAGGUAUUAUUGAUGAAGAACUGGUUCCACAGCCAAAGUCUAUUCUAUGUCGUAUUUGCGAGUCAAACAUUCCUGCCUGGUUCAUUGAACGGCAUUCAGAGCUUUGUCUUGUUGAGCAUAGGAUUGGAGAAGAGUUGCAACAAUGUCAAGAUUUGCUCAAUGAUCAAAAGGAAGAAUUGUCAUCUAUGAUUGAUGCUCUCGCUGCUUCUGUUGCGUUGCAAUCAAAUAUGUAUAAUCAAGCCAUUUCACCCCCAAACUCCGUGUCUGGUGUCAUUGGCAUGUCUUCAUCUUUGAAUUCAUCUGCAAGUUCCAUAUCAACAUCGUUAUCAUCGUCAUCAAGUAAUGCCAUUACUGCUUUGAUUCCACCACAUAUUGAGUAUAAGGGAGUCCCUAUUUCUUGCAUACCUCAGACUUCCAGUCCGUCAUUCGAGGAUUCUCCUAAACUUGCCAAUCAAGUAUUAAAGAAAAAUUAUAUGAACCAGUUAAACAUAUCCAGAAGAUACCCCUACAAUAUCAUUCAAAGACUUCUUGAUUUGGUCAAUGAUGCGUUAAAUAUCAACCCAGCUCUGGAAGUUUCAGAUGAGUUGACAUCUGAAAAUAGAUUUGAGUUUUCACCAAACAGUGAAAGGGUUAUUAAUAAUAUACUGAAUUGGAAGUUGACGGAAACAACUACCGAUGUUGGCCUUAUGUUAUUAAUAGAGGAUACACAAACUCUUACACAGAAUAAGAUUGACAUUAUUUCCCGUUUAAUUUCUGUUCUACAAUAUUCGAAUAAGAUAAAGCAUGAAGUUGAUAAUUUAGUGCUAGAGACCGUGAAGGAUACCGUUAAUAGAGUUAGAGAACAAACAUUCUUGAAUGAGCAAGCUUCCUUAAUACCUGAUUCAGAGACUGACGAGAGAACGUUAUCGCAAGUUAAAGCGCAUUUGAGAACGUCAUCUGGAUCUUCUUUAACAGUUAAUCUGGAUCCUACUCAAUCCCUGCACCCUGGAAUUGUGGCACCAAAGCCAUCAAGAACUCCUAUUCUCCUUGAUAGCAGCGACGAGCAUAAUACAUUCCUGAUUACACCAACAGAUAUUCUUUUGCGAGGUCGGUCACCUAAUAUUCGGUCUAAUAGUAGUGGCAGUGGAAAAAAUGACCUCAGAAAGAGCUUAGGGGAUCGAGAACUGAGUAUCCCAGAGCAUUCAAUUUCAACAUCUCCUAAUGAAUUAAGGCAUACAUCAUCAUCAUCCUCGUUCCGGAAUAGUAUAAUUUCUGCAUUAGGUCCAACAUCUGCAAAGGAUCUUCUUGAAAGUUUUCAAGACUUUGAUUUGAAUAAUAAAAAGCCUCCUCUGGAAGGGGUGACUACUAAUAAUUCAAAUAACUCUACAUUCCUGUCACCAAGAAGACACUUAUCUCCUGCUCCACCAUACGUUGAACGAAAGUCUCUUUCGUCGUUCCAAAGAAAUACUUUAACACACAAGUCCUCCAUUGCUUCACUUGAUGUUGGAGAAAACCAAUUGAUGCCACCAAACCUGGGCAUUUUAUCAAGUUCAGAUAAGACCUUGGCAACUAAUAGUCCUCCUCCAAAUGUGUCUCAUAUCAUUAAUCCUCCUCCAUUUAUUUCGAUACCUACAACCCUGGGUGCAGCAGUUGGCAGUAUUUCUUCAGAACGAAGGUCAACAUCAGGAGGAUGUUAUCCUCAACACACUCCAACAUCACAGAGAAACUCGUUACCAAACCUGACUCCUAUUCUUUCAGCAUCGCUGUUAAAGCAACCUUUAUCCCCUCUCUUAGUUUCCCAAGCUCCAGUAAAUAAGCAACCAAGUGGUGGUGAUAUCCGUGACUAUGAAGUGAUAAAACCUAUUAGUAAAGGUGCAUUUGGAUCGGUUUUUCUUGCAAAGAAGAGACUAACUGGAGAAUAUGUUGCUAUUAAGUGCUUGAAGAAGAAAGAUAUGAUUGUGAAAAACCAGGUAUUAAAUGUUAAAUCCGAGCGAGCUGUUAUGAUGAGGCAAAGUGACUCACCUUAUGUGGCUCAAUUGUAUGCUUCAUUCCAACUGAAGGAUUACUUAUAUUUAGUCAUGGAGUAUUUGAAUGGAGGUGAUGUUGCUACUCUUGUAAAGAUGCUAGGAACAUUAGAUGAUAGUUGGACAAGACAAUAUAUUGCAGAAAUUGUUGUUGGUGUUGAUGAUUUGCAUAGAAGAGGGAUCAUUCAUCGUGAUUUGAAGCCCGAUAACGUUUUAAUCGACAAAAGGGGUCAUUUGAAAUUGACUGAUUUUGGAUUGAGUAGAAUUGGUAUUGUCAAGAGACAAGAAAGGUCUCAUAGAAAGAGUUCAGCAGGUGAUACUGGUAUUGAAUUAUUUAGGAAGAGCAUAACCAAUGCAAUGAUGAUGGCGGCUACUGGGCCUACGGGUAGUGCUAUUGCUGAUGAUAAUUCGACUCACCAUAAACGAACCUCUUCAAUUACGCCAUUUUCCUUGUCACCUAAAACUGAAUUUACCAAACUUAAUACUUCUAGUUUAAUGACAGGCUCAAGUUCAAUGACAAAUUCUCCAGUGUUCGAAAAAUCUUCAUUUAUGUCCUUCAAGAAUUCCCAACCCAUUGGUACUGUAUCGAAUUUUCUUCUUAGCAAUGCUGCCACCGGGAACAGCAGCAUUGAUAGUGGAGUUCGCUCAAGUUCUAUAUCAGGAGGCUCAGCUUAUGGAGUUGAGCAAUCUCCGCUCAUCAAGCCAAUUAUUCCAAGAAAUGUUUCUGAAUCUUCAUUUGCUAUUUUGGAAGAUGAUUCAUCUUCAAGUGACUUGACUAGUGGAAAUGCUACAAGUACUCAUCUUAGUGCAAGCGGAGAAGGCAGUAGCCACUUUGCUAUUGGAUCUGAACCCAUGAAACACUCUCAUUCAGCUCUGGGUACUGCUUCUCAUUUACUGCAAUCGUUUACUCAAAGUCAAAGUCAAGGUCAAGGUCAUAAUUCAUCCUCUUCGGUAUUGUCAUAUGCGUUAUUUGAUCCUCAGAACCAAAAGAAUGAGAAAGAGAUUCGUUUUGUGGGGACCCCUGAUUAUUUAGCACCUGAAACCAUUCAAGGGUUGGGUCAAAGUGAUGCACUGGAUUGGUGGUCAAUAGGUUGUAUGCUCUUUGAGUUUUUGUUUGGAUAUGCUCCAUUCCAUGCUGAUACACCAGACAAAGUAUUUACCAAUAUUUUACAGGGUACAAUUGACUGGCCUCCAAUUGCACCCGAUGAAUUGUUGAAGUACUGCAGACCUGAAGCACAGGAUUUAAUCCAGAAACUUUUGACAUUGGAUCCACAGAAACGGUUAGGAUCAAAUGGUUCUCAUGAAAUAAUGUCACAUCCUUAUUUCAAUGGGAUUGACUGGGAUAACUUAUUUGAGAGCGAGGCACCAUUUGUUCCACAUCUUGAAGAUCCAGAAUCGACAGAGUAUUUUGAUUCCAGAGGUGCUGAAUUGUUACAAUUACCCAGAGAUGAAGAAUUAAAUGAUAUCAAUGAUGAGUAUCAUCAACAUUCAGAAUAUAAUCAUCAACUUCAUUCAUUGGGAGGCCGCUCUGGCAGCGAUACAUCUGAUCUUCUUUUGUUACCUGGUAGUGGUGGUGGUGGUGGAGGGAAACGUGAAAGACGAAGUAGCCGGUUGGCUGAUCCUACUGAAUUUGGAUCGUUCCAUUUCCGAAACUUGAACGUUUUAGAGAAAGCCAACAAAGAUGUUAUUAAUCGUUUAAAGAGUGAACAUUUGGAGCAUAGGAAUAGUUUUUCCAGUUCCACAAGUGAUGUUUCAACUCCCAGUUCUCGUUCGCGUGGAUAUUCAUUUACGGGAACAUCUACGUUUAAGAAACCCGUUUCACCAGUGAUUAGAGCUGUUUCACCUUCCAAAAUGUUUGAUUCACCCCAGUCGGUGUUUUCCACACCAACUUCUACUAAUCCUCGGCAUGGUUCACUUACUACAGCUGGCUCAUAUUCCAGUAGUGAGGAACAGCCAAUCUCACAACAACCAUUACCAUUACCACAGGUACCAGCUGAUGUUAUAAGACAUAGGAGUUCGCUCAACAGUUUAACCAAACAUGUUUUCCGACCUUCGGGAAGUACAUGUACCGAUUCACCCACCAGUCUGGAUAACGAGGAUCAAAAGUCUAGUGCAUUACUUCGAGUACAAAAGAGAAGAGAAUCACUAAGAAGAGGUGGAAGUAUUGGAGGCCACUCUUCAGGAAGCUUUAGUAGUGGGGGGACACAAUAUGGCAGUGGAGGGUCAGGGACUAUCCCACCAUUUUCAUUGGAUUCACCUCAUAUGCUUGCACAACCCGAGAUUGAUGUUUUAUAUUGUGAGCUGAUAUCGGCCGUAAGAUUGAACGUAAGUAAGUUGCUUGAAAAGUGUGGAUGUGUUGUUGUUGCUAUCACCAAUGGAGAUGAGUUUGUUAGAAGAGCCACAUCUCAAGUUAAGUUUGAUUUGAUAUUCACUGCUUUAAAGUUACCAAAAGUUUCUGCUAUUGAUGCCGUUAAGUUGAUCAAGUUUACUACUGGGGUCAAUGUUACGACCCCCAUCAUUGCCUUGACAGCAUUCAAAGAUGAAGCUUGUGAGGCUGGAAUCUUUGAUGAAAUUAUUGAGAAACCAGUAGAGUUUAACCAACUACAACAUGUGAUACAUAAAUUUAUGCGACAUGAUGAAGCAAUUGAGUCUGAUAAUGAGAAUUAA